GUUGCUCUUGAGAAUGAAUCAGAUGGAGAUGACGAGUGGGAAUAUGUAGAAGAUGGGCCUCCCGAAAUUAUAUGGCAAGGAAAUGAGAUAAUUGUGAAGAGGAAUAAAGUGAAAGUAAAAAAGAAGGAUCCCAAUCAUGUGAUUGUUAAAGAGGAUCCCAAUAGGCCAACAUCCAAUCCACUGCCUCCACAAUCUGAAGUAUUUGCUGACUACAAGAAUGCUUCAUCUCUUUCAGCACAGCAGUUGUUGGAGAAUGUUGCUCUACAAACUCCGAAUUUUGGAACUGAGCAGGAUAAAGCUCAUUGUCCUUUCCACCUAAAAACUGGGGCUUGUAGAUUUGGUUCACGCUGCAGUAGGGUUCAUUUUUAUCCUGAUAAAUCCUGCACACUGCUCAUGAAGAACAUGUACGCUGGACCUGGUCUUGCUUGGGAGCAGGAUGAGGGGCUUGAGUGUACAGAUGAGGAAGUUGAACGUAGUUAUGAGGAAUUCUAUGAGGAUGUUCACACAGAAUUUUUGAAGUUUGGAGAAAUUAUAAAUUUCAAGGUGUGUAGAAACAGUUCAUCUCAUUUGCGAGGGAAUGUUUAUGUACACUACAAAGAUAUAGAUUCUGCGGUGCUUGCUUAUCGUUCUAUUAAUGGCCGUUACUUUGCUGGCAAACAGAUUACAUGCGAGUUUGUUAGUGUAACAAAAUGGAAGGUUGCCAUAUGUGGGGAAUUCAUGAAAUCGAAGCUUAAGUCAUGCUCUCGUGGAACGACGUGCAACUUCAUCCACUGUUUCCGCAAUCCUGGUGGGGAUUAUGAAUGGGCAGAUUUGGAUAAACCACCGCCGAGAUACUGGUUAAAGAAGAUGGCUGCUUUGUUUGGAUACACUGAUGAGUCUGUCUAUGAUAGACGGCUUGAACUGAAAAACUCAGAAUGGACGUUGAAUUCCUACAAGAUGCCGACAGCUGAUUCUGACAGAAUUGACAGGCAUCGCUCUGUAAUGUCGGAUUCAAGGGAUAGAAGGUCUCGGUCAAGGGAGAACAGAAGUUCUAGGAUCCACUAUAGGGAUUAUGAUGGUCAUAAGAGGGCACAUCAAGAGAGAGACGGCAGUAUUGAUAGGAAACGGCGCAAAAUUCUUGAUAAGAAACGAUACGUAGAGGAAACAGGACAACAUGAAGAGGAAACAAAUCAACAUGGUAAAAAUAGAUAUCAUAGUAGUGACUCUGAUGGGGGUUUAUCUGAGAGAGAGAGAGAGGGAGUUAUUAGGCGCAGUCACAGCAGAAGGAAAAGAUCAAGAAUCCACCAUAAUGAAAAAAUGGGGCAUCGACAUUGUAAUGGUGACAGCAAAAGAGGGGUUAGCCAUUCUGACUCUGAUGAUGAUUUGCCUGAAAAGAGUAGAUAUAGAGAUGCAGGAUCUGGAAACAAAGGGAGGGGCUCAAGACAUUGGAAGGAAGAUCAAAGUACAGAUUCUAGUGAUGAGUGGUUGAGUGAGAUACGAGACAGAAAUUGCCAUCACAAGAAAACUAAAAGAAGAAGCAGGUCUAGGCGUCAUGACAGUGCUCCAUCAUCACCCGAUCGCCGGGAUAAGAGAAGAGCAAGCCAUGAUAGUAAUACUACUGGAGAUUGGACUGCUGCUGCCACAGAUAAAAGAAAGCCAAGUUCUAACAAGAGUGUCGAUUCAGAUAGGGAUUACCAAUAUCAUCAUAAUGAAGACAUUGAGGAAAGAGGCCGAUGGGAACCUGAUGAAGGUGCUACUGCAACACUCUCUAAAAGUAGUUAAGGGUCUGAAAUUGAUGAUUCUGAAGAUCACAACGUGGAAUCUGAGCUGAAUGACGAUGGGGACUAUAGAGGGAGUACAUCAAGGGGGAGCGACCGAUCAAAGAAGCUAAAAGGAUCUAAAAAGAAUAAUAGUAGUCAUGAGGAAAAAGACGGGAGUUAUGAUGGACACAAACAACAUUAAGUUAAGCUCCUAAGGCAGUCAUUGCAUUCCUAGUUUCAGUGACUUUCAUACCCUAUAUAUAUAAUCAGUCGAAAAUGUUGGGGAAAACUUAGAGUGUAGAUAUGAAUGGUCUCAUGCAUCAACGAUUGGUAAAUUUUGGUCUUGAUUGUAAAUGGUGGAGUCUGACUUUGUCCGAAUUUAAUUUCCCAUAAAAUUCCAUCUGCUGCUGGAAGUAUGACCAUUUAGCCCGAUCAGUGCUAUAGUACUUAACGUUGA